AGACCAGGAUCACGCGUCCAAUCAGAAUAAUCCCUGUCAGAAAAAAAAUUCUGCUCGACAAAUAGAAUUUCAGCCGCUUUUGGUAACCGGGUAAGUUUGUGACAGCGCACCAAUCAGAAUAGACGUCGGCUUUGUAGUCAGGCAGACAUAACGAAGUCGUCCAAUCACAAAAAGACCAGAGGGGAUUUUAGCAGUAGCUUGUGUCAGGUACUUUGUUUUUCUUUUUAAAAUAAUGACUUUAAACAGCUGAUCACCAUCGAUCAGCUGUUUGUGUUGAAACGCGUCUGAAAACAGGUGAACAUGUGUUACAGCUCAUGCUAAUGCUAAUGCUAGGACAGAGCCAACAGCUAGGCUAGUCACCUAGCAUCUCGGGUUAGCAGCUAGCUUCUAGCCUCACGGUAAACGGUCGAGUUUACGAGUUCUCCGGUAGAACCGGUUCUCUCCGUCUCGAACCCGCGGGCUCGUCUGCCUGUGUUGAAGCCCGCUGACGUGUCGCGGUGCCGGUGCGUGUGGAGCUCAUGCUGCGGGUGUGUGUGGUCUGUUCGCGGGGCUCUGACAUGUUGCUGUGUCGGUGUGUUCAUAGUAAAUGUCAGACACAUGACCACCGGCGCUGGAGACACACACCGGACACACACCGGCCGUGAGGCGGGACACGCACCGGCCCCGCGGUCACAGCUCAGCCGCUGACGCGUUCACAUCUCCGGGUAACGGCAGCCGUGAGUGGAGCCGGUAGCGGGCUGUGUUCGGCUCCCCUCGAACACGCCUCCCGCUACCGCUACGAACGGGAACGUUGAACGGCACCGUGACAGCCGCCAUGUGUCACUACCCGGCAGCCAUAGGGCCUGUUCCAGCGGGUUUACCCAAACCGGUACAUCUGCUCCUGCACCGGGACAGAGGCGGGAGGGACCCGGCGGGAGUGGUGUCUGUCUGCGGUCAACUGACACACAGAGUCCCGGUUCAGCCCCGGUUCAUCCCCGGUUCAUCUGACACACAGACCCUUACAUUCACAACGUGUCAACUUUUAACUGACGGAUUAAUUCUGUUUUACUUGAUGUUGGUUCUCCGCACUGGUUAGCUGGUCCAGAUGUCGGAGGACCACCGGCACCAGCGGGCCGAAGCCUCCCGGCGGGGGGAUGGCAGUCUGGAGGCGGGGGAGGGCGACACUGAGCCCAGCAUGUUGCAGCAGAGACUGAAAAACAACAUCUCAAAGAGCGUUCAGACCAAAGUGGAUCAGAUCCUGCAAGACGUCCAGCGUUUCUCUGACAAUGACAAGUUGUACCUGUACCUCCAGCUGCCCUCGGGACCCAGCUCCGGAGACAAGAGUGUUGGGGACUCCAGCUCGUUCAACACAGCCGACCAGCUUCACACCUGUAACUGGAUCCGCAGUCACCUGGAGGAGCACUCGGACACCUGCCUGCCCAAACAGGACGUCUACGAGACGUACAAGAGAUACUGUGAGAACCUGCAGCAUCGACCUCUGAGCGCCGCCAACUUCGGGAAGAUCAUCAGAGAUAUUUUCCCCAACAUCAAGGCCCGACGGCUCGGGGGCAGAGGACAAUCCAAGUACUGUUACAGCGGCAUCAGGAGGAAGACGGUGCUCAACAUGCCUCUGCUGCCAAACCUGGAUCUGAAGAACGACCCGGCGGAGCUGACGGAGCUAGUUCAGACCUACAAGCAGGAAGUGACAGAGGCUGCAUGUGAGCUGAUCUGUGAUUGGGCGCAGAAGAUCCUGAAGCGUUCCUUCGACACGGUGGUGGAGAUCGCUCGUUACCUGAUCCAGGAGCACAUUGUAAACCCUCGCUGCAGCCAGGCUGAGCUGGUCACUUCCGCAGCGCUCGCAGGAGGUCCAGCCAAACCCCACAAGGUCAUCAAGAAAGCUCUGGUUGUUUCGAAAGCUGAGUCAGACGGAGCUGCAGAUCAGAAGAAGGAGCCUGGAGAAUCGUCCUCACUGAAGCUGCCGUCUGGAGACAAAUCAGCCGCCACCAAGCCCUCCUCCCUGGACGCUCUGCCUCCUCCCUCCUCCUCCUCCUCCUCUUCCUCUCUGCGCCCUGCGGUGGAGGCGUUCAUGAAGCAGUUACCCCGAAUCCUCCCCCGUAGCUCAAUCCCCGAUAAAACCCAGCUCUCUGUCCGCUCGUCUCCGCCCUCUCUGGCGCCCAAGGACGCCUCAGGUGUCGGAGGGGCAUCUGGACCUGGAGGUCCGGCUGCUGCCGCUGCUGCCAGCGGGGGUGGGGUGAAGGUCAUUGCCAUGGCAACGUUGCCCCAGCAGCAAGGCGGCCCUGUCCCAGUGAUGAUCUUGCCUCAGGGCUGCCUGUCCUACGAGAGAGAGAAGGUCGCCCCGCCCCCACCACCUCUGCCUCCUUCUCAGCCGCAAAACACCCCAGCAGCCCCCACCUCUGUGGUCCAGAAGGCUCGAGGGAAUGUCACCAAGCGCCCCCUGGAGGUGGUGACGUCAGCUGGUGCACCAGGCAUGUGUGGUGGCUCUGCUGCCAACACUCAUCCAGUGAAACGGAAACGUGGCCGACCAAGAAAACCUAGGCCAGAGGACGCGCUGCUUGCUCCGCCUCCUGUUCCCCUUCCUCCUCAGCCCCCACCCCCUGCACCUCCUUCCCACCCUCCCAUCAUCACCUCCCUGACCGGUGGUGUCAUCCAGAAAGCGUGCUCUUCCUCGUCCUCCUGCUCCUCGCAGCCGGUACUGGAGCUGGUGAUCCAGGACCACCCCGGCCUGGUUCUGAGUCAGCUGCCGGCGCUGUCGGAGCAGCGCGACGUGGUGGUACAGUGUCAGCCGCGCGGGGUGUCUGAGCAGGAACGCCACUGUCGACCGCUGCUGCUGCUCCAGACUCCAGGGAACCCCAGCUGGGAGCUGGCGGCAUCAGGACGGACGCCGAUGGUGGAGGUCAUCCAGAAAGCUCCAAGACCAAGCAAUAACAACAGCAGCGCUUCUGUCCCCGUGGCCCACCUCCCCCCUCCUCCUCCCCUUUCCUUGCCCAUGCUACACGAGGAGCGGGGGGAAGUCGAAAUAAUGUUGACACCGGUGGAGCUGCACGUCAACCCGCCGUUGCCUCUUCCCAGCUCCUCCUCCUCUGCUGCUCCUGCCUCCUCGCCGUCUAUCUCCUCCUCCAUGGGGGGAAGGGGCCAGGAAGAGGAGGGGGGUCGACGAGAGAGCAGCACCUCCUCAAAGAGAGAGGGACAUUAGCCCCUCCCUCUUUUCUUUUUAUCAGCUCUCACUACGCUUUACCUCACCUGCAACUUUGCCCCCUGACCUCUCCUGUUCCUUAUUGGUGGAAAUCCUAGAUUGGCGACAGCAGAGAGCCAAUGAGGAUAGAUGAAGCCAACACACUUUGUUUCCAUUGCACUGUAAACCUAUGCUGUUAGAAACCUGUGAUACUGCGUGUGUGCGUGUGCGUGUGUGUGUGUGUGUGUGUGUGUGUGUGUGUGUGUGUGUGUUCUUCCUCCCUGCCUCCUCAUAUCCUCAUUCUCUAAACUUCCUGUUUGAGGCCGUCUGCUGCUUCAGAUCAAUGGAUUUAUAGAACAGAAAAGAAGCACAGAUGAGACGUGUGUUCAGUAUUGAAUGCGACUCUAGGUGGCGUCGGUGUGCUGCAGUAGUAACUACGGGUUAGGGCCUGUUCAAGGUUCUUUGUGGUGAAAGAAAUGAACUGGACAUUCAGCUCAGUUCAUUUGAUGUUUGAGACGUUCUCAGCUGCAGAGUUCCUCUAAUGUCUCCGAGUUCAGGGCAAUAAAACGUGUUUGUACAUGUAGAGUGAGUGGAUGGACGCUGGAGGACGUGAAGACGAGAUGACGAGAGGACGAGAUGACGAGAGGACGAGAUGACGUGAAGACGAGAUGACGUGAAGACGAGAGGAUGAAAAACGUGCAGCGGCAGAAAAGUUGGAGGUUUGAGUGAAUAUGACCUUUUUUGGGGGGGCGCUUUGAUUUCAUAACAUUUUAAUGUGUUCAAUGAAAUUAUUUAUUUUAAAUAUAUUUAAAACAAACAGUCGCCACGUUUUUACAUUAAUGUGGAGGUGUGUUUUACACACUCAUCUGGGAUUGGUCGGGCUAAGAAUCAUUUAAAUCACAGAUUUUUUUUAAUUCAUUAUUUAAAAUUCCAGGUUCUCAGAUUUAAGUUUUGAAGUUUAUUGGAUGUCAACUGAGUAUUUUAGUUUUCUGUUUUAUUGUUCAAUUUUUUAAUCUCUCAAACAAUGUUCGAGACAUUAGCACUUAAUUACGCCGCUCCUCCAGCAGAGGUCGCUCUGAUGCAGUGGAAUGCUUUGUGUUCACAUGUUCGACCUUCGCAGAGCAGCUAACCAGUGUUAGAAAUAAAUUCUUUUUAUCAAAAAAACGCGAUGAAAUGAAAUCGUACUUUUACUACGGAAACUUUUUUUUAUGUUUAAAAUUAUUUCAUUCAAAAUUAACCAGAGAAACUUAAACAGACUUAAUACUGAUCGAUAGAUUAUCAGUAAAUUAACGUGUUUGACAAAAGCAUGUUUAUUUGAGAGCAAACUGAAUUCUAAGAAUUUGAACUUGAACAUUUAAUAAAUGAAUGAGUGUUUAUUGUUUUAUUACAGAUUCAUGUUGAUCUCAGUAGUUUAUUAUUCGUAUAAAUUAAAAGUUUGAAUUGUAAGAAAAUGGUGAAAAACUAAAACAUCAUGUAGAUCAUGUUUUUUGCUUCAAAAUGAACUAAAACAAUUUAUUUUUAAAACUGUCUCGUUAAUUUUAUGUUGAUCGAUCGUUACAGUUCUGAAAAAAAAUUACCUAAAGCAGGAUCUUUAAAUUAUUGUGAAUUUCAGAAUAAAAUCCUGCGUUGAUUCAGAAAACAAAUGUGUUCCUGCUCUUCUUCUUCUCUGGAGUCAGGAGGAGUUUGUUUCGCACGAUGAUGUUUGUUCUUCAUGUUGCCAAACCGCCAAAGUUUGGUGCUCGCCAUCCCUGCACUGUUCUCAUCCUGUAAACACAACAAAGAACAAAAUGUUUUUGUCGACGCUCGCAUUUCGAGGUGUUAAUACAGCUGCUUUGUGUGUGUGUGUGUGUGUGUGUGUGGGUGUGGGUGUGGGUGAGUGGGUGUGUGUGUUUCCCUCCGUCCUGUGACAUUGAGAGCUUCAGGUCAGUUAAAGUGAAAAGACUUAAAAUCCUUUUUGCAUGAUGUGAAAAUGAGUUUUAGUGCCAUGAACUGAGCAAAGUUUAGCUCACAUGCUAACGGCUGCAGCGCCACCAAUAAUUCAUAACAAAAAUGAAAAAGUUUAGUAAAUAUCUCCACAAGGUGGAAAACGUCUGAGUUUGUCUUUGAGCCUCAAACAGAACUGAGGAAAGUUGCACUGUGAAAACAAGAGAAAGUCAUGAUGCUGUCACCGAGCAGCAGCCUAAAGCAUCUUCGAUACAAACGCUGCCAUCUUGUGGUGAUGACGUCAUUUACAGUCAGUCUGUGCAGAAGGGAUCGUGGAGUGGAGGCGUAUCGAGGCCCCACCCAUACACACUUUCAACCAAUCAGGAGUCAGUCUCAGCUGUCAAUCGAGAUGUGUCGGUCGAUGAUUUGGCUUCACUUUUUAAAAAGCUGUCAUGUCGUCCAUCUUUACAGUUUGUGGUUCAGCCCUAAAACCUUCUGUGUGUAAGAUUUAGUGACAUCCAGUGGUGAAGAUGCAAAGUGCAACCAGGUUGCUUCUUAAAGUAUGAGAUGUUUGUUGGAAUCGUUCACUGUGGAGCCGUGGAGCUCAAAAAAGAAACGGGUCAGAUAAUCAAAGAUUAAAGGAUCGGGAUUCGGGUAUCAGAGCGUUGACCUUAAAGGAUCAGACUCAACCGCACAACAUCCUCUGAUGUCACUUCCUGUCUGUGAUGCACCAUUUCUAAAUUCGUACUUUAGUUGUUUUUAUCAAAUUUUAUUUUUAUUAAGGUUUUGUUUACGUUAAAUGUUUGUUCACCUUCACUUCAAGAGCCAUCUAAGGUUUUGUACUGAGAAUAUUUUUAUUCAGUUUCCUGUGACGAAUUUAUUCAAAAGCUGAUUUCAAGUUUAAACGAGGCUUCAGAUCUGUUACGAUCUUUGUGUUUGAAUUCCAUAUUGAGUUAAAUAAUAAAAGCAAUUUGAUAUGACAAGUGAAACCUCGUUUAAUCUUCAAGUUCUCUGAUGGUUGCUCUCAUUGGGCCGUUCAGGUUGCUAGUCAGUCAUGUGACAGUCGUCAAGGUCCAGUUUAUCGAGUUGCUUUUGGUUGUUUUGGUUGUUUUUUCAAACCAUGUGACCUGAACGACCCUGAGGUGACGUUAACGCAUUAGAGGAGAGACGAACGUUUUCAGAAAAGAAACUUGAUCCAAAGACGCUUUUAAAUAUAUAAAUAUAUCCCCAGUUUGAAUCAGAAGAAAAAGGAGUCGAUGAAGGUGCAUCUAUGGUUUUAGUGACGAUGACGUGGCGUCUGUGGGGAUGAGCUGAUCCUGGUCCAACGAAAGAGUCAGAGUUUUAUUCUGAAAUUAUUUUCUUGAGCUCAUUUUAAUUCAUUUAAAAUAUAAAUUUAUGUGAACAGCAGAAGGAGCUCUUUGUUUCUGUUUCCCUGAGCGACGCCGCCUCCUUAGCGUGAAAAGUUUAACAUCGUUAUGUUUGGACGUGACGUCAAACGCUUGGAGCUUCGUGCAGAUAAAUUUCAAUCAUCAGUGCUGUAACUAAAGUUUGUUUCUCUUUCUGUUGUUUUAACUUCCUGUUGUUGUCUCUUUCAAAGUUGUACAGUUUGUCGAUGUGCAGAUCUUAUUAUGAUUCUUACUGUUGCUAUGACGAUGUUGUUGCAUGGUUUCUGUGACUGUCAGGUUUUGUAUUUUUAUUCUUUUAAAAUGUCUGUUUUUAACCUGCUGGCUUUUUCUUUUUCUUUUGCACUUUAUCCCUGAAAUGAAAGAUUGAAGGUCAAAGGUCAACAUUGGUCCACAUGUGAAAAAUAAAAUGAACCUUUGCUCAUU